AUGUCUGGAUUAUCACUGAACUGGGCUCGACUCCAGUCCAAUAUCACACCCAAGUCCACCAGGAAGACUAAGAAGACUGUGAUCAAAAGAAAAGCCCCUUAUACCCCCAAAGAAACGGAAAAAGUGGCAUCGAUUAUUACCUCAUCGAAUUCCCCAGCAUCGGAAAUUCAACUUUCAACAAUUGCAUCUGCUUUAUGGACAAAUGAACAUGAAAUCCUGGAAAAAGAUAUCGAAAAUGUAAGCUCAACCAAAGCCCCAAUCCAAACCUCAUCCAAAAAACAACUACCAGGUAAAUACUUAGCCAUUGAUUGCGAGUUUGUUGGAGUAGGUCCUGAAGGUGAAGAAAGUGCAUUAGCAAGGGUAUCCAUUGUUAAUUUCUAUGGCUAUACCGUUUACGAUAAGUUUGUUAAACCUAGAGAGAAGGUAACAGACUGGAGAACAUGGGUUAGUGGGGUAACUCCAAAGCAUAUGAAAGAUGCUGCCACCUUCAAACAAGCUCAAGAAGAAACAUCGAAAUUGCUUGAUGGUAAGAUCCUAGUGGGACAUGCCGUCCACCAUGAUCUCGAUGCAUUGUUCUUGUCACACCCCAAGUACAUGAUACGAGAUACGACGAGUUUCAAGCCAUUCAGAGCAAUUGCAAAUGGAAAAACUCCCAGUCUUAAAAAGCUCACUAAGCAUUUUCUUAAAAUUGACAUUCAAGAUGGCCUGCAUUCUUCAGUUGAAGAUGCUAGGGCCACCAUGUUGUUGUUUCGGUUGCACCGAAAAGACUUUGAAAAGACCUUAAAGUUGAAAAGGUAA